GCCAGGAUUUCAAAUUAUCACAUGAGUCUGCAAAAAACUAUGAAUAGGUAGAUUUUGAUUCAAGCUGACAUGCAUUUUGUCUUGUGUCAGAAGAGAAUAAUAAUAACAAUAGAGAUAUACUUUUACUUGAUUGCUGCUUGCAAGCAUUUUAGCAUGUCAGAAUUCUGGAGCAAGUUGAAAACAUAAAGUCUUACCAGUUUUUGGCAACAUUGAACGAAAAGAAAGGAGGGGAGGGAGAAAAGUAUGAAGUACAAAAUCUGGGGUUUAUGCGACAGCUAAUCUCUUCAGUAAUAAGGCCAUGAAGCAUAAGCAUCUUGUUGAAGCUAGACACAGCUCUGUGCUGUUCUUUGUUGAGCUAACAAGCCUCCCCCUUUCAAAGGCUGGGAAUGUAAACCCUUUUUUCUCUUUAGCUGGAAUCCUGUUGGGAGCUUUUCAGGAGAGAAGAACUUUUUUAUAAGACAUUUUUAUGGAGCAAACAUUUGCCUGAAAAGGGUUGAUGUAUUUCUCCCCCCUGGUGAAUGGCCUUUUGGAAGAUUGCUCUGGAGGGGAUUUCUCAAUUUUCUCUUCCCUGCAAUGUUUUUGAAUGAUUCUGGUAACCCUUUGGAGAGUGAAAAUGAGCCUCCGUCAGCUUUUUCUCAGACUGAACACAACAUAGUCGCAGCUUAUUUGAUAACUGCAGGGGUCAUAAGUCUUCUCAGUAACAUAAUCGUUCUAGGUAUCUUUGUUAAAUAUAAGGAACUUCGGACAGCAACCAAUGCCAUUAUUAUUAAUCUGGCUUUCACUGAUAUUGGAGUGAGUGGAAUUGGUUACCCCAUGUCUGCAGCUUCAGAUCUGCAUGGAAGCUGGAAAUUUGGUUACACAGGUUGUCAGAUCUAUGCUGCUCUGAAUAUCUUCUUUGGAAUGGCAAGUAUUGGUUUGCUUACAGUUGUUGCUGUCGACCGUUACCUGACAAUUUGCAAGCCCCAUAUUGGUAGUAGACUCACGGCAAGGAACUACACAGCCCUGAUUCUUGCUGCCUGGAUCAAUGCAGUUUUUUGGGCCUCCAUGCCGGUGGUAGGCUGGGCAAGCUAUGCCCCUGAUCCAACUGGAGCCACUUGUACUGUAAACUGGAGGAAAAAUGAUGCAUCCUUUGUUUCUUUCACAAUGUCUGUAAUUGCUGUAAAUUUUGUCAUCCCGUUAUCCGUUAUGUUCUUCUGUUACUACAAUGUUUCAAAAACCAUGAAACAAUAUGCCAGGAACACUUGUCUGGAAGGCAUCAACAUAGAUUGGUCUGAUCAAGUAGAUGUAACGAAGAUGUCAGUUGUGAUGAUUUUAAUGUUUCUGCUGGCUUGGUCUCCAUACUCUAUUGUAUGUUUAUGGUCUUCCUUUGGAGAUCCAAAGAAAAUCUCUCCUGCCAUGGCAAUCAUAGCACCACUGUUUGCCAAGUCAUCUACCUUCUAUAAUCCCUGUAUUUAUGUCAUUGCAAACAAAAAGUUUCGAAGGGCUAUCUUCGCAAUGAUCCGGUGUCAAACACGAAAGGAGAUCACUAUCAACAAUGUCUUGCCAAUGAAUGUCUCUCAGAGCACUAUUGCCUAAGGAUGCUGCCGGAAAGCACCGCUAUUGGAAAACACUGCUGCUAUGUUUACGUCCUUCUCAUAGCUUUUACAUGAGGAUUCCUCCAAGAUGUCAGAUCUGUUUCAUAUAUAAUCAUGCAUUAUUCUGCAAUAACUUUGUCUCCUCUCUUGUCAAGUGACUCCAUAGUUGGAUCUCUUGUGGCUGGAGUGAUAUAAACAUUGCAAAUCCUUUCUUCAUUGCUGGCCUUAUUGUUAGACAGAGUGGGGCAACUUUCAGAGGUGGCAAAUUAUGGGAGCACCAUCGACACAUUCAUGUCGGUUCUUUCUAAGUCAUUUGGCCAUUCUUCUCUGCCUUUUCUGUGUGUACCACAUUUCCUGUCCUACCCAUGCCCCAUUUAGUCUCUUGCCUUCAAGGUGAUUGGAGAUACAGUCUCUUUGCAAGUGCUGAUGUAAUAUUCAAUACACAAUGGUGGAGAGAUUUCAUCUUGUCCUUUACCCUCAGUCGGCUAAGCAUCUUGGUCCAACCUUGUUUGCCAUGUUAGAGACAGAGAUACUGCUAGUCCAGGCUGCAUGAAUGUGCUGGCCUUAGUGUCAUAACAUCAGGAAAGCAAGCUUUGUACUCAGUCCUGACAGUAGAAAUGGAAUUGUUCUUGGAUUGUGCCCAACAGUGCAAUUGACCUUAAGUUUAGAUUCUGGACUCUAUUUUACUUCUAAGGUGAAGCAUACAAUGAAUAUUUUUCUUUCCCACUGCCAAUCCAAACCUUGCCGUACAACUGCUUCUAUAUUUUGGACACACUGGAUCAAAAGCAGAAACAAGUUUGCCAUUCUUGAUUUUAAGAAAUGAAUGUGCGCAUGUACUUCCACAUUCAAAACUCAAAAAUCGCAGUGCCGUUCUGCCUAAAUGGAGUUUAAAUCUGCUGGCCAGAUGCGAAACACAUUUGUAUUGGGGGUGAGGGAAAUACUGUUUUCUUAUAGAAAAGAAUAAUAGAUUUAAAAAAAAUUAAAGACAUGAUAUGGAUAUCUAUCACCAUGCAUAUUGCUAGCCAAUGCAUAUUGCUAGCCAGCUACACUCUGACUUUAAAAAAAGAUUUCAAAAAUAUGAUGAAAAUAGACAUGGGCACUACCCAUCCUGCCUUUGCACCACAAUGGUUGGUUCCACAUGGCACUUGGCUCUGUUGUUGUCAUUGUGCCAAUCUCGGAAGCAGCCCAGCCAGCCCUUCCCUGCUUCCCUGUGCAGCCAACCACUGCAGUGUGGAGGCAGGACAGGGAAUCUCCCCAAUCAGCUGCUGAGUUGGUUGUGGGGGGAGGCUGUGUGGGGAGGUGCGGAAGGGCUGACUGGGCUUCUUCCGUGAUUGGUGCAACAAUGUUGACAGAGCACCGCACAGAGCCCGAUAGCAGCCCAGUCAGUUCUGGGAGGCAGGAUUGGUCCACUGCAGCACCUGUGGUGCUACAGUUCAUAUUUGCUUCCCCAAGGAAACAAGUAUGACCAUGUCUCAAUGAGAACCUAGCAUGGUGUGAAGCAUUAAGCCUACUCUGCUGAUGCUGGCCUAAGUGCUGAUAUUGGACCUAUCAGCCCUUGUCCCAUCACCUUCUGCUGUCUGGUGGGUAUAGGGAUUUAUGCAGACAUACAGGUUCCUGUAUUUCAUCCCCAAGAUCUGACCUUAAUUGUCCCACUGAUUGUGCCAUUAGUAUGUACCACAAAACAAAAUAAAGACUUUAAUUCUGAGUAAUGUUGAAAUGUGUGAGUGCAAGUCUGUUAUCAGUAUUGAGUGAAUGACAGUGAAAAUAAGAUAAUAAAAUGUACUAGAGUCACACAUGCAUUUUUGAACUGCUUGUAACAGUCAUGUCUUACUAAAGUAACAGGGACAUUUUUAAAAUAUUUGUAAUACAUAUUAAAAAGCAAUUGAAUUCCAUAAGAAUAAUGCUAAAUAGAGCCAUACUUCUUACCAGCUUUGUUUAUUUCAGAAUAAUCGUUUGUGGCCACAUUAACCCUCACUGAAAAGAAUCCACUGAAAUGAAGUCAUUAAAUCUGACAGAUAUUCUGUACUAAAAGGCAUGUAUCUGAUUAUUUUGUAAAAAAGAGCAGAUGACAGUUUACAUUUCCAAUAAACAGAAGGCCACCUUUCAAGAUUAUUGUGCUCUGUUGGUUAUUGGUGCCAUCUGUUACUAAUU